GCCAAGAAACGAAAUGCUUUCAAUUCCUCGGAUAAGUAAGGCUCAAAUAUCUCGAUUACGGCUACAAUGAUUGAAUCCAUGUGGUUUGCGGAAAAAAAAUACUACUAUCAUAUGGAAGGUCCAAAGCACAAGCUCACUCUGAAAUUCAUUCCAUCCCCUUGAUGAUGCGGCGUCUACACACAUUUGCCAGAACACCAAACACAUUGCUAGUUUCCAUUUCCAAGCUACAGACCAUACAGACUAAUUUGGUGACAGACCUCUUUCCUUCAAGGAUGCAUCUCAAAUUGCAGAAAGACUUGCCCACUUCCCAAGUUCGUAAGGAUCAGCAUAGUAAUAUAGCUUAACCCUAUUUGACAAUGACAAGCCUCCUGCCACAGGUAGAGUCCUCGUUCCAGAGUCGUCAGAUUCUGCUGGGUCGUCGGUGAAUGCACCGAUAUCUCCCAGGAGACGGAAUGUCACCCUCCGGCUUUGUACCUGCCUUUGGAAAUCAAAGUACAUUGCAGUUCCAGCUUUGGCCUCUGGCAGUCUGUAUUCUCCAAUGGUUAUCAACUUGUUUGGUUCCUGCAUAAAUGUAGUGGCUUUUUAGCUGACUUCUCACAUUUGUUUCAGCAAUUAGAUGGCAUAGAAGUAAUGUCACAGCUAAUCUGCUACAAGGACUUCUUCCCAACAAUGGGUCCCAAGGGAAUGACAGCGAUUAUUGCAAACCUUUGAUACAGUCCCUUUUGCUUCAUUUUCGCAGCAAUGUGAAAUUGGUUAAAAGCUCCCAGCAUUUACUUUUCCAUGUUCCGCUCGGUACUUUACUCUUGAGCUUAUGAAGUUUUGUUAAAGGACACAGUUGUCUUACUGAUGAAAACACUACUUAAGACAUUCCCAACAAAGGAUUUCAUAACUUUGUAUUAGGAUUUCAUUCCCAACAGCAGCCUACCAUUCCCAAAAACUAACAGUACAAAUACAACCAUAUAUGUGACAUAAAAUUGCCAUGACCAGUAUGCAUAUUGAUUAGUUUAACAGGACAACUAUUGUUUCAUUCAACAUCUACUGCCCAUGGUUCCAGUAUGCCAACAUUGAUUUUUUUCUCACACUAACUGCAACCUAAUAUGUCAGAAACUAUCUGGCUAUACCUAAUUUUGCCAAUUUCACUAGCAUCAUGCAUAGAAGAAUAACGGUGGUCUGACAAGUUAUACCUGGAAUGCAGAUACUUGAAUAUACAGUACUGCUGGAGAUAUGUGUCUGUCUUCCAGAAAUGUUGCAGAUGUAUCCCACGUGUCUACAUCUGAAGAUGGUGAAUGGAUGAUCCGAGGUUUGAUUGCACUGAAAGCAUCAAGCCUGAAUCCAGCAAGCAAAGGAGUAGUUGGAGGCAAAUACUGUUCUAAGGUUAGAUCAUUGUCAAUAAGCCUCUCGACCUCAAUCGGCACCUGGUCAACAAAAAAGAUGAUUAGAGCCAAAUAAUGUUGAGCUAAUUUGGCCGUGCUGACCAAAUAUGAUGCUGUUAUGAUAAAUUAAAAUCACUUUCUAGAUUUUUCAAAAGCAGACUUACAGUUACAGAAGCGUUUGAUCCAGCUUCAACUUUAAAAGAAAGAAAGCACUUUAAAAAGGUCGACUAAACCUAGAAUAAUGAAAUAUUACUUCUUCAAAAGAUAUUCAUGACGGGCCCGCAAAAAGUUAAAAGUAACCUCACUAAAAAAAUUCCCAACUUCGCUCAUUUGAAAUAGGAAGAGUCAACUUACCCACACAUUACUUCAUCACUUGAUCACUACACAAACUAUCUACCAAGUACCAUCUCAUCAAUUGCUAUUUUAUUAGUAAAAAAUUUCCAUAUCCCAUUAACUCUGCUUUUUGCUAAACCAUGAACACAAUUUCUCUACUUAUUUUUUAGCAAAAGCGGAAACAAACACAUUCUAAAUCACAUUUCAGCGGACAGGAACGGAAUCGAUUUGCACCUUGAAUCUGUUGAGUUGUGGAGGUCUAUCGAGCCAACCACUCAUAUUGAUGGUGUCAGUACUUUGCCGUGCAAGUUCUGCCCCUUCUCUCACUGUCUUUCCAAGAACCAGGAUUCUCCUAGCAUGAAGGCAGGGGAGAUUUUCAUGUGCUCCACCAAAAGAAGCACGUCUAUCCACUUCAGCAAAGGGGUUCUCAUCAAAGGAUAGCAGAUUAAAGUCUUUCUGAAUAUUGACUGAACUUGAUCCAGCUCGUGGAAGACGUAGCACUAUCCAGAUGAUACGGCAUCUGACGGUAUUCUUAAAUGAAAAUUUUACAUGCCUGGGUACUUCACCCUCACCCUCACCCUCUACUCUUUCUGGUCCAUAAAUUUCUGGCGAAGACUUGGCCAACGACUGCAUGUCCCAUUUCCCUACACAUGACCUUUCUUCAUUCUCGAGUUUAUUGCCAGCCCAUACUUGAACCUAUUAUCACAAGUGCCCAUAAAAUGACUGUCAGCUGCCAUGUUCAUAAGGAAAGACACAUACAUACUGAUGAGAUACUGCAUGCCCAGCACCAGAGACUUCACAGAUAAGAAAUGAGAGACAGAAAAGCAAUACGAAAAUAUCAAUGUCACUUGAAAAAGACAUCAUACUGCAGCAACCCCUCAACUGGCUGAGAAAACAAUCCCGAACACUUCGUGGCUGUACGCAACCUUGCAAACUGAAAGAGAAUCUGACCCCUAAUACCUUAGAUCAUGCAAAUCAACCGGAGAUUACUUUAAACCAUGACCUAACAGCACAAGAAAGAAAAAAUUUACCACACUCAAACCUUCAGAAAAUCACAAGAAAAAAUAUGCAGAUCAAUGACUGGUUCAUCAGAUAUUACAGCCAUGUGAUGUGAAAGGGAAUUCCCUGCUUGAAUAAAAACAUCUCAGAAACACUAUGCACACACAAUCAAACAUCAACUGCAGAAAUGUAGCUGCAACCUCGUCUAUAUUAAAUACUCUACCCAUGAUAUAGUAAAGACGUGUAGAAGUAUAACAAAUUAGGUGAUCAUACAGUGGGAGUAUCAGCUGCAGAAUAGCCACAGGGACUGAUGAGCAAGAUAACUCCACUGACAUCAGAGAGGCUUCCAAGAACAAUAACAAGUUCAGCAGAAGUGGUUGUUGGAGGAGCCUUCCAAUAUGAGUUAAGUGAUCCAGAGUUCAAUGGAGCAAGUAAUGACAAAAAUGGAGCUGAAUCCUUAGCUGUUUCGACCUGUAAUUGGAUAAUAUAUUUUCAAUCAAUAAAAAAGGGGACAGAGGUCUAUCAUAAAACCAUCGAUAACAUUCUAAUAGCAAAAGUACAACAAAUAGCUCUAUGAAGGAAAGGUAAAAGUACAACAAAUCAUAAUUCUCAUUAUCGCCGACCUCUAGCAGCCAACAAACUAGAGCAUUGACAAUUUUGUGUAGCGAACAGCCACACCUCAUCCAUUCAUUCCAACAAACACUAAUAUUCAGU